AUGGGGUUUGGAAAGAGGAUGUGUUUGGAGAAUGGGGGGGUGGUGGAAGUGUGGGGUGGGGGAUGUUGGGUGGGUUAUGGGAUAGAUAUUGUGUGUGGUGGGGUAUAUGGUGGUGUAUGGGGGGGGUGGGGGGGUUUUAUGGUGUGGGUUGGGUUUUUGGGGUAUGUGGCGGUGGGUUGUUUUGAUGUUUGGGGAAUUUGGUUUUUGUGUUGUGUGUGGGUAUGGGGUUUGGGUAAUUUGUUGGGGUGGGUGUGUUGGGGAGGGGGUGCAGAUAAGGGGGUAUAUGGGGGAGUGGGGGGGGAGGUGGGGGGGGUUGAGGAGGGGGGGUGGGUUGGGAGGAGGUGGAUGUUGGGGGGUGGAUGGUGGUAUGUGGGUGGGGGUGGGGGUGUGGUGAGUGGAUGGAGUGUUGGGAUUUAUAUGAUGGGUGAUAUGGGGGGGUGGAGAGAUGGGGAAUUGGGGUUUUGGGUGGGGUGGAUUGAUGUGGGUGGAAAGGAGUGA